CCCAUGCGGCGGAUCAAUACAUAAACAAAAUUUUCUGCGGCACAGCGAAACGGACGCAAAACGUGCUCGAAAAUGAAACUAUUAACGUACAAUUUUCUGACCUCCAAGUGCAUUCGCGGCGUUAAAGUGGGAUAUCCUCUAAAGUUGAAUAUCGUGGAAAAGAAGGAAGUGAAUGCGGAUUUUAACUCGGAAUUCAUUACCCGUAUGCUGCCAAGGCUAGAAUGGAGCGCCAUUAGUGCGGCGGCAACCAAUAUCGGUUCCGACAUUCCCAGUGCCAUGCCGGCCGACAUCCAGAACGAUAUGGAAACGCUCCAGAAGCUGCACCACAUCCUGCUCGAGGUGGACGUGGUCGAGGGUACGCUGGAGUGUCCGGAAACGGGGCGCAUUUUCCCGAUCAACAACGGCAUCCCGAACAUGCUGCUGAACGAGGAUGAAGUUUAGUGCGGGUGUGUGUGUGUGCUAGUGGUACGUGGGCCCGCACAUGUGCCCGCAUUUUGAAGGCAUUUUAUUGAAACACUCGUCGUUGUUAUGUGGUAUUGUGUAAGUUAAAGUAAUAAUAUAAAGCUUAUAAUAAUCAACCUCCAGAA